CCGUACGCCCCGCGAGGGAGGGAGGCCGGCCGAAAAUGCCCAGCCCCGACGCGAUCCCGUCGAAACGGGAUUCUCCCCUCUCGAAAACGGCGCCGCGUUGCGCCGAAGGCCGUCGAAGCAGCAGCAGCAGCAGCAAGAACACGGCAGUGUCACUCUCGCACUGCACACUGUUGCAGGAACUCGCUCGCUCGCUCUCUCUCCUAGGGUUUUGGUUUCCUAGGAAAUCUCUCCCUGCACGCUCGCGUUCGAGAGGGGAGAGCGAGGGAGGGGGGAUGGACAGGUACCAGAGAGUGGAGAGGCCGAAGCGGCAGGAAUCGCCCAUGCUCGAGAACGAGAUCCGGAUCACCGCCCAAGGACUCAUCCGCAACUACAUCGGCUACGCCUCCACUCUCCUCCAGGAAAGACGCAUGCGAGAAAUUGUAUUGAAGGCAAUGGGACAAGCAAUCAGCAAAACAGUAGCCAUCACGGAGAUUAUGAAAAAAAGAAUACCUCGGUUGCAUCAAGAUACUGCUAUCAGCUCAGUCAGCAUAACUGAUGUGUGGGAGCCCAUCGAAGAGGGGCUUGUACCUGUGGAGAUGACUCGGCAUGUCUCAGUGAUCUCAAUCACCUUGUCUAUUAAGGAGCUUAACAAGAAUUCGCCUGGCUACCAAGCACCCCUUCGAAUGGAGCAAGCAAAGCCACAGACCCAAUAUCAGCAGCUUCAACCUCGACAAAGACGUGUCCCCUACAAUACUUAUAAUGAAGACUCGUAUGGUCGGGGGAGAGGUCGCGGUAGAGGGAGAGGGCGGAGCUGGAACAGGGGAGGAUACGGAAGCUACCAAGAUGGAUACUUUCAAGAUAAUAGUGGCUAUGCAAACUGGGGCCGAGGAGAUGGCAGAGGCAGAAGCUGGGGCUACCGUGGCACUGGGUAUGAAAGGGGCAGGGUUGGAGGGAGUAGAGGCUAUGGACGUGGCAGUGGAAGGAUGGGUGGUCGAUCUAGAGGUGGUGGCUACCAGGCGUAGUCGGAGACCAGUCUCCUCAUCUUUCCGAAUGCUUGCCUUGGCAAGCGAAUUGAACUUCUAGCAGAGUAUGGUGUUUAUAAAAGGCAAGUAACGGUUAACAGUGGUGUUCUGUUGUGGGUUUUUUAUUCCCUGGCGAUAUGGAUGGGGAAGGUCUUAUUGGUCAAAGUUUUGGCUUUAAGCCUAGAGUUUUAAGUCCUUUUGGUGGAAUUCUUUUCCCACCUGUCGGUUCUUUUGGCCAACCGUUUUUCUCUGGUGUUUGCAAACACCCUUCUCUCUCUCUCUCUCUCUCUCUCUCUCUCUCUCUCUCUCUCUCUCUCUCUCUAACCUCCUAUGUACAGAGCUAUGAUGGAAGAUGCUGUUGAGUGGACUUGACAAAGUGAUGAUCUGACCAUUAAAUUCCACCGAUUUAUGUGAAUAUAUGCCGCCUUUGCAGUUA